CAUUAUUAUUCUCCCGGCCACACAGUAUAACUGAGACCAAAAUUCCCCAAGCUGAAGCAGAAGCAGAAGCAGUGGUGAAAAUGGAGAUUCAACGCAACAAUCCGAGCUUGAAAGUGCGAGCGAGGAACGAGAAGAUGUCCCUGGAUGACUACAUGGACUUCCUUCUCUCUCAGGAGCAACUCCAUCCCACCGUUAACUUCCUCAAUCAGAUCAUCAGAAUGCACGGAUUCACGAAAGUCGUCAAGAAGCCUAAGAAAUCGCUAGCCGACGCGGUGAAAAUACUCGAUCUCGUGAAACCGUCGCGCUCGACACUGAACGACGACAUUUCGUCCUUGGCGUUCGUCGCACUGGAGGACGUAAUCGCCGACCUCAAAGACCUGAACUGGCAAGAAUGCUGCGUCACGUCUAUCCAAACCCUCAACUCGUGGAAACCAACGGAACCAAAGGGUUCGGAUCCGAGAGGCGUUGGCGACGGAGCUUCGUCGUCGUGCGUCGUCGGAUCGGAGUUCGGCGAGCUACCGAAGAAGCUGGGGCCGAACAGGAAGAAGAUGAGAUUGAAUGCAAUGAUUGCAGCGAGUGGUGGCACUCGUGAUGGCGGUGGGUCUUCGGGUUGCGUAUCCGUCGGAUCAUUCGGGUCGUGUUGAAUUGCAAAUAAACCACAAUUCAUAUUAUUUGUGGGUGCGUAGUUUCUAGUUUCUAUAUGGACUUAUGAUUGUAGACGAAGCAAUUAUCCUUCACUUACUUCCAUAAAUUUUAAUUCAAUACAACUCGGAUCUACUUUGAAGUUUUAGUGAGAGUUUGCACCCUAUCCAAAUCAACCCUUAAAUUAGAUGAAGAAAA